AUGACAGCAUCUCAUCAAAACCGACCAAGCACGCCAAACAAGUUCUUGGGGCAAGACUAUGCAAACCGGUCCAUCGAGAUGGGAAUACCUAGCCUAUCCGCAACACCCAGCAACACCAAAAAGCAACCACCAAAAUCUCCCUACGAGAUCCCUACGAUCCGGCAACAACUCCAAAAUCCCAUCAAACUCCUCGCACGCCUCGCGGAAUUCCAUCUCUCCCUCCUGCGCUCCGAUCGGAAUCUUCGGAGGAAUAUCACGCUGGUUUGCAUUUCGGAUACACACUGUCUGCUUCCAGCCUCGGUGCCGUAUGGAGAUGUCCUGAUUCAUGCCGGGGAUAUGACGAAUGCGGGCACCCCGGGGGAGCUUCAACGGCAGAUUGAUUGGAUGCAGUCUCUGCCGCAUCGGUAUAAGGUCGUCAUUGCUGGGAACCAUGAUACCUUUCUGGAUCCCAAGAGUCGAGGGGUUCUGGGAGUGAAGGAUCGGGAAGGGAAGGUUGAUUGGAAGGACGUGGUUUACUUACAGGAUAGUUCUACGAUCCUGGAUUUUAGCGAUCGGACUUCGCUGAAGGGUGGCAUGUUGAAGAUUUAUGGUUCACCGCAUACGCCUGAUUUGCUAGGACCGGAACAUGCGUUUCAGCAUUUUCCACGCGGGACGGAUAUUUGGGACGGGACGAUUCCAAAGGAUGCUGAUGUUGUUGUUACGCAUGGACCGCCAAAGUAUCAUCUGGAUCUACCUGGUGUGGUGGCGAUGGGCGAUGAGUUUCUGCUGAGGGAGAUCCGGAGGGUAAAGCCAGCGGUGCAUGUUUUCGGGUAAGUUUCGACAUGGGCGAUUGCUAUGACUUGACUUCUCUGACAGAGGUAGGCAUAUCCACGCCGGCAAGAGUGAUUGUAUAGGCCAACUUCGGGGCGGCCAAGAGCUCGUGCACUGGGAUUCGACGGAACGACAUUUCGAAGGAGCUGCGCGGCAGACUGCUCGUUUUGACCUCUCGAGAAGGAUCGCUGCUUUCUAUCAUUUGGGCAUGCUCUUCCUUUGCGGAGUGACGGUUCUGAUCCAAGACCGUGUGUUUGGUAUGGACACUUCGACCACACGGCUUGUCAACGCAGCAAUGGUGUACUGCAAUACCGGCAAGCUGGGUAACGAGCCCCAAGUCGUGCACAUAUGA